AUUCGAGGCGACCUUCAAAGGAGCCAAUACGAGCCAAGCCAUACACGUGAACUUCGUGCGAAACGAGUCGAGCGACGAGCUGUCAAAUUGUGCCGUACCAAAAUGAAGCGAGUUUUAUUUUACCUUGCCAAAAUGGCUGACGCGUCGUCGUCGGUGCGCAUAAAAAGAAUACCCGAUAAUUUAUAUGAAGUGUGCCUUUCGAAUUUAGUUUACUAUUUGCAAAAAUUUAAGUGCGAUCGAAAUGAAUUGCAUACGCUGCCGGACACCAUACUCAUGGAUGUAUAUUACAAGAUGCUACAGGAGCGCAAGCUGUGCAUCCUGGGCGCGGAGCUGUCCGAGCUGGAGACCUUCGAGCGGCUGCUGCGUUUCUCCGGCAACCAGCUGCCCCUGCUGCAGUGCUUCCAGGCUGUGAUCGAGCACGGGUCUAUGCUGUCGAAGGAGCUGGCGCGGGCGUACCUCGCGCGCGCCGACUCCGCCGCCCCCCGCAGACCACUCAUACAGCUGGGGCUGAGGCUAGGCGGGUUCCUGAACGAGGCGGGGUGGUACCCGGACGCGGAGCGCGUGUUGACGCGGUGCCUGGAGCUGUGCCGCGCGCAGCCGCCCUCCACAUACUACAAGCGGCUCACGCUCGAGUGUUGCCACAGGCUGCUGCACACCCAGUCGGCAUACUGCUGCUUCCCUGCGGCGCUGCAGACGUACUCGCUGUCGCUCCAGCUGCUGGGCAUCCCCGACGACGCCGCCGCGCCGCUGCCCGCCGCGCCCGUCGCCGCCGCCACGUCGUGCGACGCCGCCACGCAGACCGACGACACGGACGACGACAGAGUGGAGUUAAGCCCCGCCAUGGCGCACAACAGCGCGGGGUGCGGCGUGUGGGGCGCGCGCGCGCUCGUCGUCCGCCUGCUCAAGGAGUUCAGCGCGCUGUUCUUCGUGCUGUGCGACUACAGCGCCGCGCACGCGUGGUCCAUGCGCGCGCUGCAUAUGCUCACGCCGGACAUACCUGUCAGGAUUCGCGGUGAAUGCGUACGCGGUGCGUCGCGCGCGUGCGUCGUCAAGCGACGCUUCGGCGCUGCGGGUUUACUUGCGCGGCAGGGCGUGGCCUUGGCGAGCGCGCACGCCCCCGCCCACCCGCGUCGCGCACACGCCCUCCUAGACCUAGCCUUCUACCUCCUCAACGUAGACGCGAUCAAACGCAGCGUCUGCGUAUACGAGGAGGCCCUAGCACACCUGAGACGCGUGUACGGCCGAGCGAGUCUGCAUGUGGCGACGGCGCAGGAGGAUCUCGCGUACGCGCUAUACGUGCUGGAGUACUCGUCCGGCAGGUUCUAUAAGGCGCGCGACCACGCAGAACGAGCGAUACGUAUUAUAGAGAACUUGGUGCCACGGGAUCACUUGCUGCUGGCGUCGGCGAAGCGCGUCAAGGCGCUCAUCUUAGAGGAGAUCGCGCUCGACACGCCCGCUGGACAGAAUAUGCAAGAGCCGAGUCUUCUAGAGGAGUCUGAGGCGUUACACCGCGCGGCGCUGGAGCUGUCGAUAAUGGCUUUCGGCGAGAAGAACGUGCAGACCGCCAAGCACUACGGCAACCUCGGCCGCCUGUACCAGAGCAUGCAGAAGUUCCAGGACGCCGAGAUGAUGCACCUCAAGGCGAUCGCGAUCAAGGAGGAGCUGCUCGGGCCCGAAGACUACGAGGUGGGGCUGAGCGUCGGCCACCUCGCCUCCCUCUACAACUACCACAUGAACAUGCACCGCGCCGCCGAGAAGCUGUACCUGCGCUCCAUAGCUAUCAGUCUAAAGCUGUUCGGCGAGCGGUAUUCCGGUCUGGAGUACGACUACCGCGGGUUGGUGUAUGUGUUCACGCAGCUCAAAGAGCACGACCGCGCCUGGCACUAUAACCUGCAGCUGCAGCACUGGCAUGAUCUCAGAGAACAAUCGAAGACGGAGCAGCAGCCUCCCCUAGGGGAUGAGGAGGUGAUGCCGCUCGAAGAACUGAAGGCGCGUCUCGCCAGCCCAGACUGAGCGCCGCGCGCGCGCACCGGGACAAGCCAUUCGCUCAAACUUUAUACACUACAACUACGUUCAUAGUGUCUCAGUAUCAUAAUAUUCAUUAUCAUAAUAUAUCGGGGACAUUACUAAGGUAGUUGUAUUAGUGCUAGUUCAGACGAAGCGGAAACUGCGCAUUUCCCGUGCAGAAACCGAGCGGUGUGUCAGCGCUGUAAUACAACGCCUUUGCAAUAAGACGCGAGCGGUUAUAACGCAAGUCUAAACCGCGUGAUUCCCGCUGUGUCUGAACUGGGACUAACAGUCCACGUCACGCGGAUAGGGCAAGGCAGUUUGAGGGAUCGUGCCUCAUAGGUAAAAUUAUUGACAAGAAGAAGGGUUAAAUAAGCCUUAUUGACGAUAGCGCAAGCUAGUAAUAAGUUAUUUAAUGCUGGUUAGACAAUUAUAUGGCGUUACAGGAUAUACAUUAUACAGGUGUAAUAAAACAGUGAUAAUACUUUAGAGUUAGAAUGUGUAUGUGUCCCUUUAUAGUGACUCACUGUGAAAGUAGCAGAGCUGAAACAGUCAAUUUGGACUUUAGUUUCUAUGACAAAUGCGCUAACGUUGAAAUUUGCCAAUACAAUAAUUUAAAAGAAAUCGUCUUUUAGCGCUGCUACUUUACAGUGAACUCUACAUAAGGGACACAUACUCACCCUAAAGUGUUAUCUCUCCGUUUUGUUACACUUUUAUAUUAUGUGCACUGCCCAGUCCAUUCGCCGUGACGGGAACUGUACCCUGUACCCGACCCCACGCUUCCCGAACGCACAUAGCUCGUAUGCCCUGACCAGGAACAUAAAAAACCACAAAAACCAACUGGUAUUCAUGAAAUGAAUGGAAAUGUAAUUUUGUAGCUGUCUCUUCACCGCCGCCUUUUGAAGUAACGUCGCUAUAUUAUUCAGUGUGUGAGAAAUUAAAAGAAAUGUGAUAUGUAAAACAUAUACAUGUUGUUAAUAGUUCUGGGAAAUCGUUUUUACAUCGUCCGUCUAAAGAAGUGCUAAAACAAUUUUGACACCACCUUAUUCGGAUUAGUGAUAUAGAAAGCAUAAUAUUACUCAGAGUUUGCGGCGUGGAUGAGUGUACAUUUCCAUUCAAUCACAUUAUAAUUGUAGUUUUUUAUAUUACUGGCCAGGCUUUAAAUAUUUAUAAGGUUUGAGCCGCGUAGAACUGCCAUGUACAGCUAGCUCCAGUAUCACCGUAUAAGUGAUAGGGCUUUCGUAGAGCAAAAUCAAUAAGAGGCUAAGAUAUUAUUUAUAAGUUAAAUAAAAAAUUAAUUACUAUAA